UGUUCUUUUCCAACCUUGACCGCAGCUUUUAAACAGAGUGCCAAUAGUAUUGCAAAUGAAAAAAGAAGCGACAAUUAUCACGCGAUAAACUAAAAGCCAGGUACUAAAUUGGAAAACAUUCUCGCGGUAUCCAUCAGUCAUAAUUGCGACACUGCAAAGUAAACACGGUUUAUUAUAUUUUUUAAAUAAAAUAUGAACAAAAUAAUGGGCCGAAUAAAACUUGACAAGGUGAAGGAAGAAUUUAAUUUCAAAGGAUAUAAUUCAGUGUGUCACCGUUAUGUGACAUUUAUAUCAUACAUUUCGUUCAAAAUAAUCGGAUUAUUGCCGUGGAAAAUGGAGACCGGAAUAUUUAAUAAAAUUCAAAAAGUCGAAAAUAAAAAUUUUAAAUCAAAUUUUUCAUACGUAGGAUCGUGUUAUAAUAUUUUAGUAGUUUCAGUUAUUGUUUCAUUGGAUAUUUAUAUAAUAUAUGAUAUAUUACCGCCUGAAAUCGAUACCCGUCUGACAAUAGACACAGUGACACUGAAAAUUUCAUUUGUUUUAUUGCUGUGUGCAAGUGUGAUACCACUUAUUUAUAUUUUUCGGCAGAAACUGUUAAUAAAUGUUCUCAAUCGGUUCAAAAAUCUGGAUAAAAAAUUGAAUAAGUGCGCGGAUUAUAAAGUAGAAAAUGAUUACACCAAUCAUUUUAUGUUUGCAAUAAAUUUUGUGUUGGGGUGUUGCCUAAUAAUAAUGAGGGAAAUUUAUUACAUGUCAUUAAAAAAAGUAUUUCUCACGAGUUUAUCAUAUUUUAUCUGUAGUUUCGUGAUAAUACAGUACGCAAUGUUACUAAAUAUGAUAAGAACCAGAUUCAAAAGUAUAAAUUUGACACUUUCAAAACUAGGAACCUCUGAAAGCAAAAUAUCGCUAUCGCGUGCGACAGUUCUUGAUGACAUCGGUAGUAUUAAACGCGCAUACGUGGAAUUGUGUGAAAUGAGUGACGAUACCGCAAGUUUUUAUGGGAUACCCAUGUUGAUUGUCGUAAUUGUUUAUUCUAUAAAAAGUAUAUUCAACUUAUACUACAUCAUUUUGAUAUUAAUUCAAGUACAAGAAAUCGAUCUUAGGAUGUAUCAGUACGGAUUAUUUCUAAUACGGAAUAUUUUCCUAUUUACUUUAUUAACGACUAAUGUCACAAAAAUAAUAAAACAGAAUAAAAAAACCGCUAGGAUUAUAAAUUUACUUAUCGAUCGAUAUGCAGCGGAUGUCAUAAUUAAAAAAAAAUUGACUAAAUUUUCUAACGAUCUCUGGCAUCUGACUGUCGAAUUUACCGCCUAUGACAUCAUACCACUAGAUCGAACUCUUCUAGCGGUUAUUUCUGGAACAAUUGCAACCUAUUUAGUUAUCGCAGUCCAGUUCCGUGUCAGCGCAUUUUUCAUGAAUAAUUAAAAGUUUUUCAAAGUUCAAUGAGUGUGCGAAUUCAUAUCUGUUUGAAAUCUAAAGUUUGCUCACAUGUGUAAUUAUAUUUAUUACAAUUAUUGUGCCCAAAAAAAAAUUAGUAAUUGUAUUGCUGGUUAA